GAUAGUCAGCAUUUUUGCGUUUUCGCAAGAAAAGCCAUCAAGAUGCCGGUGUUUCACACGAAAACUAUCGAAAGUAUUCUCGAGCCUGUGGCACAGCAGGUCUCGAGGCUUGUUAUUCUACAUGAAGAAGCUGAAGAUGGAAAUGCAAUGCCUGAUUUGGGCAGACCUGUACAAGCAGUUAGUAUGGCAGUGGCAAAUCUUGUGAAGGUGGGAAAGGAAACAAUAAAUUCAUCUGAUGAUGCUUUGCUGAAACAAGAUAUGCCUGCUGCAUUACAACGUGUGGAAGGUGCUUCACGCCUUUUGGAAGAAGCAUCAGCUAUGUUAAAACAAGACCCGUAUUCUGGACCAGCCAGGAAAAAACUGAUAGAAGGUUCACGUGGUAUCCUUCAAGGAACCAGUUCAUUGUUGCUCUGUUUCGAUGAGAGCGAGGUGCGGAAAAUUAUUCGAGAGUGCAAGAGGGUGCUAGACUACUUGGCAGUGACAGAAGUUAUUGAAACCAUGGAGGAUUUGGUUCAUUUUCUGAAGAAUUUAAGUCCUUGCCUUAGUAAAGUAUCGAAAGAAGUAAGUGCUCGCGAAAAAGAGCUAACUCACCAGGUGCACAGAGAGAUUCUUGUUCGAUGCUUGGAUCAGGUGAAAACUCUUGCACCAAUUCUGAUUUGCUCGAUGAAAAUUUUUAUUCAUAUUAUCUCUCAAGGUGGUAAGGGAGCAGAGGAGGCCGCUGAGAAUCGAAAUUACUUAUCCGGUCGAAUGUCUGACGAAUUGAACGAAAUUAUCAGAGUAUUGCAACUGACAACGUAUGACGAGGAGGAGUGGGACGCUGAUCAAUUAACAGUCCUCAAAAAAGCACAGAGCGCUAUAGAGUCCAGAAUAAGAGCAGCCUAUGACUGGUUAGACGACGGACUUGCCUUACGCGGGGGAGUAGGAGAAAAGAGUCUCCGCCAAAUAGUAGAACAGGCACAACGCCUAGCAGAUAGAUAUCUUCCUCCUUCGCAAGCAGAACCAUUAAACAAAUUAACUUCACAAAUCGUUACUAUGACCAAUGCCCUUUGUGAACUCCGUCAGAAUGAAAGAGGAACCACACCACAAGCGGAGGCCUUGGCGCGUGGCAUCAAGGAAAAAAUGAACGAGCUCCGAAGUUCUAUUGCUUCCGCUAUAGUGGCUGCUGAUAAAUCUGGUACUGCUCAAACUGCCCACACAGUCGCAGGCCGUUUAGAACAAGCCAACAAGUGGCUGUUGAAUCCUCAACACGAUGACAAAGGACUUGGCCAAAGGGCCAUAGCUUUGAUCAUACACGAAGGAAAGAAGGUUGCCGAGGGUUUGCCAGGCAUACACAAAGCGGAGAUCCUGAAAUUGUGUGACGAGGUGGACAACCUCUCUCAUCAACUUGGAGAUCUGUGCGCACAUGGCCAAGGGAACACACCGCGUGCUCAAGAAAUUGCUCGUCAAUUGUCACAUAAAUUGUACGAGCUGAAGAAUAGAAUCCAACAGGCUGUUGUGUCCAGAGUGGUCGAAGACUUUAUUGACAUCACGACGCCUUUGAAACAGUUCACGGAUGCUGUUUUAGCUGCGGAGGGUACCCCAGGACGUGAUCAGAACUUCAACGAUAAAACGCAUGCUCUUCAAACGUUCUCCAACAGGGCGGCCAAGACUGCCAGAAUGGUGGCCGCUGGCGGAAGCGGCGGAAACAAGAAAUUGGCAGAAGCGUUGGCUGCAAGCGCUUCGCAAGUCGAAUCAUUGACUCCGCAAUUAAUAAAUGCUGGACGAAUCCGAAUGACGUACCCAGACAGCAAGGCGGCGGAUGAACAUUUUGAGAAUUUGCGACAACAAUACGCAGAAACGAUGCAGAGAGCACGGGCAUUGUGCGACGAAGCAACGGACAGCGGGGACUUUAUUAGAACUUCGGAGGAACAGAUGCAGAAGCAUUCAUUCCUUUGCGAAGAGGCUAUUGCCAAGACCCACCCGCAAAAGAUGGUGGACAAUACCGCUGCUAUUGCUAGAUUGGCGAAUCGGGUGAUACUCGUGGCCAAGCAAGAAAGCGACAACAGCGAAGAUCCCGCGUUUAUUCAGAGAGUUAACCAUGCAACCGAUGUACUUCAAAGCAGUGUUGCUCCAAUGGUGCAAGAUGCAAAGCUGGUUGCAAUUAAUAUCAACGACAGCACUGCAGUCUCUCGUUGGAGAGAAAGCAACCGUGCAUUGUUGGCUAAUGUUGGACAAGUACGCAAGGCCAUUAUAAUUCAACCUGAUGUUAUACCGCCACCGGAAGUGUCACAAUUACAUCUUAAUGACGACGAACAAUUGCCAAGCCGUCGAUAUAAUUACUUCACAGACAAAGUUGGUGAACCUUUACGAAAUCAACCAUCGCCAAGCAAUUUAUGUGUCAUCAGCCCUAAUCUGAACACAAAUAAACCCCAACACCGCUCUAUCAGCCCAUUACCAAAGUGGGCGCGUGAAGGAGAUAAUCCUGAUCUCCUGUAUCAAGAACUGGCUUCUGACAACGAGUUAGAAAAAUCAGUUCACGAUGGAGGCUGUUAUUAUGAUUAUGACAAUGACAAUGAAAUUGCACCACCACGUCCACCAUUACCUGGCGGAGACAUACCACCCCCAAGACCUCCACCACCGGAAACGGAUGAUGAGGAUGAAAUGUUUAUGCAUGCACCGCAACCUAAUCAGCCUAUAAUGAUGGCUGCCCAUGGCCUGCAUCAAGAAGUACGACAAUGGUCUAGCAAAGAUAACGAUAUUAUUGCUGCCGCAAAGAAGAUGGCUAUCUUGAUGGGUAGAUUAUCUGGUUUAGUUAGAGGAGAAGGUGGUAACAAGAGAGACCUAAUCGCUUGUGCUAAAGCCAUUGCAGAGGCCUCUCAAGAAGUGACUCGUUUAGCUAAGGAACUAGCUAGAGAGUGUACUGAUAAACGUAUUCGUACGAACCUCCUUCAAGUUUGCGAACGUAUACCUACUAUAGGCACACAGUUGAAGAUAUUAUCAACAGUGAAAGCUACAAUGCUAGGUGCACAAGGCACAGAAGAAGAUCAAGAAGCAACGGAUAUGCUUGUCGGAAAUGCCCAAAAUCUUAUGCAGAGUGUAAAGGAAACCGUCCGUGCGGCAGAAUGUGCAAGUAUAAAGAUACGCACUGCUUCUGGUAUGAAGCUGCGUUGGGUGCGACGUCAGCCUUGGUACCAGUACUAA